ACACACACACACACACAGAGGAACACACACACACACACUGAGACAUGACGGCGGGGACUGAAGUCUGCGACUCGAGAGGAGAGGAGGGGGGCACGACCGGCUGCAGCCGACAGGGCAGCCCGGGGAGACUCUGGGACUCGGUCAAGAAAGCUGCUUUUGUCAUCGGAUCUGGGAUCCUGUUCCUGGCGGCCUUCGGCAACUCCCUGACCUGGCACCUCCAGAGGUUCUGGGGAGCUUCAGGAGAUUUCUGGCAGAACCUGUGGACCAAGCUGUACGUGGCGUUCGAGGGUCACGAUGAAGCUCUGUUCUACUUAGGAACCAUGUUCGCUCCCACCGUGGUGUUCUGGGUGUCCAACGGGGUGCUGCUGAUUGCCGACACCACCGGGAAACCCAACUUCAUCACCCGCUACCGCAUCCAGGUGGACAAGAACAAUCCGGUGGACCCGGAGAAGCUGCGCCACGCGGUGAAGACGGUCCUCUUCAACCAGGUCUUCAUCUCCGGGCCCAUGGUGGUGGCCUGCUACCACCUGAUGAGCUGGACCGGAGACCCCUGCGGACCCGAGCUGCCCACCUUCCACUGGGCGCUGACGGAGCUGGCCAUCUUCUCCAUCAUGGAGGAGGUCAUGUUCUACUACUCCCACCGGGUCUUCCACCACCCCCGCCUCUACAAGCGCUUCCACAAGCAGCACCACGAGUGGACCGCCCCCAUCGGCAUCGUCUCCAUCUACGCUCACCCACUGGAGCACGUGAUCUCCAACACGCUGCCAGUGGUGAUCGGCCCGGUGCUCCUGGGCUCCCACCUGACCACCGCCAGCACCUGGUACUGCCUGGCUCUGGUCAGCACCACCAUCUCCCACAGCGGCUACCACCUCCCCUUCCUGCCCUCCCCCGAGUACCACGACUUCCACCACCUCAAGUUCAACCAGUGCUUCGGCGUCUUCGGCGUGCUCGACCGGCUCCACGGCACCGACGCCAAGUUCCGGCAGACGAAGCAGUACGAGCGCCACGUGCUGCUGACCAGCCUCACGCCGCUCAGCGAGAGCAUCCCCGACCACCCCAAGAAGGGCCAGUGACCUCUGACCCCUCAGGCUCCUCGUCCCCCUCACGCAGUGUAACUCAGACUGGUAGGAAUGUGAUUGUAGCACUUUACCAAGAGUUUGGCCUCUGACUGCCUGUGAAGACGUUUUAUCUUUUGUUUAAAACUCGUUUUAUGAUCAUCGGUUGAGCUUUCUGACUUCUGACCGCAGGCGUGUCACAUUUAUAGGAAGGUAACGUGGAAUGUAAAGAAAGAGGGUGAAUGAUGAGAUGAGAAAAGCUGUCUUUACUCUGAAAACCUUGAUGUAAAAUAACUCAAAUUAAAUCGUUGUGAUGCCUUAGAUGAAAAAUCUACCUUUUAACAUUUUUAUUCAGAUCAUCUGAACAGAUUCUGGAUUCAUAGGAGUUUAAUAACAUUUUUCUAUGGUAGGAAAUGAAACUUUACCGUAUUUCAUCAUACAUUAAACUGACAGUGGGGCAUCAUGUUCUCAUUUUUCUUAAUUUAUCUGAAAACCAGCUUUCUAUUUCUGGCGCGUCUGGUGUGUUCAAGGACCACUCAGACUGUGGGAAAUCUGCCUUCUAUGAUAAAACAGUGUUUUUGCACUUGGGUAGCGAUUCACGUCGACUGUCGAUGUUAAAGAUGGUAUUCAUGUUGACAUUUCAAUCAGCUGAUACUGGAACUACACGCAGCAUCCGCUGUGUAAUUUGACAUCAGCCUCAUAUCCGUGAGAGAAAAGCAUGUUUUGUACGAAUGAUGCCGUUCUGAUGGAAAU